GUUUUCACCGGAAGUUGUCUGACGCUCCUGACACGUAGCACCGAGCUGGCACAGCGCUGGAGCAUUAAACGCCUCUGGUUUUUGACGGUGUGAGAGAUCGGGGUGAGAGAUGUCAGGAUUUGACAAUUUCAACACAGACUUUUACCAGUCCAGCUACAGCGUGGACGACCAGAGCCAGCAGGGCUAUGGAUACAGCAACAACGACCCUUACAGCAAACAGUACAAUCAGUAUGACUACUCCCAGCCCAUGACGUACUCCAACCCGGGGAUGGUGCCGCCACAGCAGCCGUACACAGGACAGAUCUUUCAGCCCACACAAACCUACACGCCCUCAGCCUCACAGUCCAUGUACCACAGCUCCUUCGACGAUGAACCCCCACUGCUAGAAGAAUUAGGCAUAAACUUUGACCACAUCUGGCAGAAGACGCUGACAGUGUUACACCCGCUGAAGGCAGCAGACGGCAGCAUCAUGAAUGAGACAGACCUGGCCGGGCCCAUGGUUUUCUGUUUGGCGUUUGGAGCCACUCUUCUCCUGUCGGGUAAGAUCCAGUUCGGGUACGUGUACGGCAUCAGUGCGAUCGGCUGUCUGGGCAUGUACUGUCUGCUGAACCUGAUGAGCAUGACGGGAGUGUCCUUCGGCUGCGUGGCCAGUGUUUUGGGGUACUGCCUCCUCCCCAUGAUCCUCCUCUCCAGCUUCGGAGUCCUCUUUUCACUACAGGGAAUGCUGGGAGUCAUUUUAACAGCUGGCAUAAUUGGUUGGUGCAGUCUCUCGGCUUCAAAGAUUUUCAUCUCCGCUCUGGCUAUGGAUGGACAGCAGCUAUUAGUGGCCUACCCCUGUGCUCUCUUGUACGGAGUCUUCGCCCUCAUCUCAGUGUUUUAAAGAGUCAUGAAAUUCAAAAUAACCUUUCUCUGAUUUCUGUAAUUUCUGUGCAAUUUGCUGCUGUAUAAUUAUCAUAGCUAUAGCAUAAUUACACAGCUAUUACAGACGGAAAGCUGGGAGCAGAGUCCAGAAACGGCACCGAGGAUUUUUUUUUCUGUUUGGGUUCAAGCCUUCGCCUCUCCCUACAUACACCUGCAAACGGGCGCAUCCAAAUUACAUCUUUUCUUCACGUUUCAUACACUGCGAUAGAGAGAAGACUGUCCACCAACCAGGUUUUAAAGAACUUAUUUUGUAGAAAAACGGACCAAGACGGUUCUAUGACAAGAGAAGGAAAGCGCAAGAGGAACUAUGAGAUCGCACAGUGGGAAAAGGAGGAGCCGUUAGAAAGGUUUUCAAAAAUGGACUUUAAAAAAAUGUAUUCGCGACAAUAAUUUAAACUAGUGGGAAACGCCAUGUUUUUUUUAAGACGUCUACAUCUCGUUCAACCUCAAGUCCCGAAACACUGGAGGUAAAAUGAAAAUGGAAAACACACAAACAAACAAAGAUACUUCAGGAAAUAUGUCAUGAUUCUGCUUUUUAGACGAGAUAAGAGCUAUAACGGUUUAUAUCAUCGCAAAAAAACACUCCUCCAGCAGUUUUAAAUACAUGUAAAAUAAAUUCUGUAAGAUUUCUUUUUUUGGCUUAUGUAAUUCUUGCUUACAGUUGAAGGAAGAGCUGUUAAUUUUCAUAAAGUGGUAAAAAUAUUUGUGCAGUAACACUUUGUAUCGUGGUGGUCUGUGGUUAUCAACAUUUGGGUGUAUGAAAUUUAAACUCACUGCAUUUAAUUUUCCAGAUUUGUUGCGUCAGUUGUAGUUUUGCGCUGUUCGUACAUUCUGAUAGACAGUAAAGCGUAAACAAAGUACAUUUUCAGGUGAAUAUUCUAAAUCCUAGAACAAAACACGACUACUAGCUAUUAAAUCCACACUGUGUAACUUUUCUGGUGAGGGUUUUUCCACCUGUUUGUCUCCGUAAAAGAUGCUGUUGCUUUGAAACGUUUAAAAGUUUGGCGUUAAACUUUCCUAUCGCAGAUAUUUAAGUACAUAUGAGUUUAAUAAUUACCUUGAAAACUGUGCGUUCUCUCUGUGACUCGCCUCUUCACAGAUCUGACCUGUAACUGUCAGUGUCACCUGUUUAUCGCCGCAAAGUUAAAUAGCAGGGUUUUUUUUUACUUUACAAUAACAUUUCUGUGAACCCUCCACCACAAAUGUUACAUAGUCGACCGUUAAAUCAGGUUUAUUUUAGUUUAUUAUAUUGAUUAUUUUGAGUUUCCUUUUUAAGACGUUUGAAAAAGAUUAGUUUGCACAAUAAGGUCGAUAUUGUUUUUAGCCGUUGCCAUGAUUCACAGUAGAUUUGGAGUUUUAGUCGUUUUUGUAGCUCUUAUUUAGACAUGACUCACUUUUUAUAAGCCUUAUUUAUCAUCAGUCUCAUGCAAAGGUGUGAACAUUAAAGCUAACGUUGAACCCGCUCCGUCUUCUGCC